AUGAAAUCAGCACUUACAGUCACAGCUAUUGUUGGAUUAUCCACAUUAACUAAUGCUUAAAGAUACCCUGAAGAGGAGUUUUUCAGAAUGCAAGAUAAAUCCAAUGUUUCUCACUUACUUAGAAACAAUAAUGCUAAACACUAAGCCAAAUUGCUAUCUGAUGCUGACGAGUUAAAUGUAGAGUUUAAAUUACCUCGUAUUCCAAAGGAAGCAAUAUCAGAAGGAUACGAUGCUAUUAAGGAUAUCUUCGAUCUUGGAAAGAUACUUUAUGAUGCUAACACUCAACAAGCUUAAGUAUAACUAAAUGUUGAAUAGCAAAACUUAAUAACAAGUUUUGAUAGAGAAAGACUCCUCAAGAUUGCGAAUGGAGAAAUAAGGCCCUAAGUUGAACAGGUAGAGUACAAAUACUUGCCUCAAAUGGAAUAAUAUUUAAAGUAUAAGGGUAUCAUACCAAGUGUGCAAAAAUCAAUGGAAAUUUCAGAUUCUGAAAAAGCAUAUUAUGCAAAUUAAAGAUAAAGUGUUCAGGCUUCAAUUUCGUCAUAAAGUGACUUCAUAAAAUCAUUCGAUGACGAUUAAUGGUUAAAAUAGAUUAAAAAAAGAGUUAUUAUGCCUAGAGUUGAAGCAACUUAACUAUCCUUACCAGAAAGAAAUAUGAUUUUUGAUUUAAUGCCUACAAGUGAAUUUGAACAGUACAAGAAAAAUGUGAUCGCUAACAUAAAUAAGUAAAAGGUUUAAUCAACCAUUCCAGAAGGAAACCUCCUAUACUAAUUUGACAAAGAAAGACUUAGAAAGAUUGCAAAUGGAGAAAUUAGACCUGAAGUUCAAAAUCCAUCACCAUAUAUGAACGAGAGAUACACUGUAGAUCAGACAGGAUUUAAAAACAUCAUGAAACAUCCAAAAGCAUAAGGUGAGCAAAAUUUAAUGGUUUAACUCAUGUCGCCUGAGACAGAUGAACAGGUUGAUGCUAUGUUAAACAAGUGGCUUCUAAAUUCAAAGAGAAAUCAAAAUAAAAUCCAAAAACACAAAAUUGCUCCUCAUGUUGAAUCAUAUAAUAACUUCGAUAGAGAGUAGCCAAGAUACUCAAGAAGAUAAUGA